AUGGACAGAGACACCAUAUUGUCCAUGAAGAAAUCGGCAAUUCUCGAAUCUCGAGCUUCGGACUCAUCAUCAUCGCAUGCAGAAGACGACGAAGAAGAGAACGAGGAGAAUGAAGACUCUUCUACCAAGCAGCUACCCGCAAAGGCGCUCUUUUUGUGGAGAGACGAGAUGGUCUGA